UCGGGCGCUCGGCUCCGGCGCGACCACGUGCUGCCGUCGGGACUGUGACGGAGUAGGGGGCAGCGCGCAUGCGCCCAGUCGACCGGGACUCCGCCAUGGCUCAGGUGCAAGCGCGUUUCCGCACGGACAGCAAGAGAUAUGAAAUAGAUGACAUACCAUUCUCUGUGCCAGCUGUAUCUGAAGUUAUUGAUCUCAGUAAAAUUAUUAAUAAAUUACUGGAAACUAAACAUGUUAAUCACAAGCAUGCAGACUUUGAUUUCCUCAUCAAGGGCCAGUUCCUGCGGGUGCCACUGGGUAAGCACAUGGAACUGGAGAACAUUUCAACAGAAGAAGUGGUUGAGAUUGAAUAUGUAGAACGAUACAAUGCUCCACAGCCAGAAGAGUGUGUGUUCCAUGAUGACUGGAUCAGUGCUGUGGAAGCGCAAGGUGAAUGGAUUCUUACAGGUUCCUUUGAUAAAACGGCUCGUAUCUGGACAAUAGACGGCCGACCACUUGCAGCUCUUUCUGGACAUACUGAAGUUGUCAAAGAUGUUGCAUGGAUUAGGAAAAGUGUUCCCAGCAAUUUGCUGCUCACUGCAUCCCAGGACCAGAGUAUUAUUUUAUGGGAAUGGAAUUGUGAAAAUAACAAAGUGAAAGCAUUGCACUCUUGUCGAGGACAUGCAGCUAGUGUGGAAUCGAUUGCUGUGGACAACUCUAAAACCAAAUUUUGCAGUGGCUCCUGGGACAAGAUGAUAAAGAUUUGGUCAACAGUUCCCAAUGAGGAUGAAGAAAUGACAGAGGAGUCAGAAAACAGACCGAGGAAGAAGCAGAAGACUGAACAGCUGGGAUUAACAAGAACCCCGAUGAUGACACUGUCUGGUCACAAUGAGGCAGUUUCUUCAGUCCUGUGGUCUGAUACUGAGGAACUGUGUAGUGCAUCAUGGGAUCACACCAUAAAGAUAUGGGAUGUGGAAACUGGAGCUCCAAAGUGUACUCUGACUGGGAAUAAAGUGUUCAAUUGCAUCUCUUAUUCCACUCUAUGCAAAAGGUUAGCAUCAGGCAGCACGGACAGGCACAUUAGGCUGUGGGACCCACGCUCAAAAGAUGGAUCUCUAGUUUCGCUGUCUCUAACUUCACACAAUGGAUGGGUAACAGCAGUCCAGUGGUCACCCAUGAAUGAAUAUCAGUUGAUUUCGGGUUCCUUCGACAAGCUGGUCAAGCUCUGGGAUACAAGAAGUUGCAAGGCUCCGUUAUAUGAUAUGGAUGCACAUGAAGAUAGAGUACUUUGUGUGGACUGGACCGAGAUGGGGUUGCUGUUAAGUGGCGGAGCAGACAACAAAUUAUUCAUGUUCAGAUAUCAGACACCCACCACUGGAGAUGGUGCAUGAGAA